UGGGCAGCAGCGGCCGCGCUGUGCGGCGGGCUGUCCCUAGCCAUCGUCGCCGCCGUCUGCGCCUCUGAGCGCCCAUGGAGGGCAAGGAGACACCGCCGGACGACAGCUGCAAGGAGCCCGUGCUGGCCAAGAUGGAGGCACUCGUGCGAGAGAUGCAGCACCCGGACACGGGCGUGCCCGUGCGAAGCCAAAAGCUCUUCCUGACCUCCAUACCAAGCGCGUUCCUUGGCUAUGACGUUGUCGAAUGGCUCACGGAUAACCUGGACAUUGAGGAUCAGAAUCCCGUGGCAGCCGAAGCCCUUCACCUGGCCAACCUGCUGUGCCAGUACGGCUACUUCUUUCCGGUCAGCGACAACGCCAAGACCUUCGCCAUCAGGGAUGACAGCACUCUGUACAGGUUCCAGACUCCUUACUUCUGGCCUUCCCGUUACCAGCCCGACAACACCGAUUACGCUAUCUACCUGUGUAAACGGGCGCUCAAAAACAAGCCCAAGUAUGCCCUGGAGGAGUACGAACAGGAGGCCCUGCAGAGGCUCAAGAAGCUCCUUUACCACAAGUGGGAGUUCAUCUGCAUGCAAGCCCAAGAACAGGCAGCCCUGGCCAAGGAGCGGAAGAAGACUGACAAGCUGAUCUUACAAAGUCAAGAAAGGGCCUACUGGAGAAUUCAUCGGCCACCGCCGGGAUGUACGAGCUGCUUAGAGAAGAGCCCCGUGCCUAACAAGAGAGGCCCGCCGAAGAAAAAGACAAAAGACGAUUUGAAACGAGAGAUUGAAAUUCUCAAGAGGAACCUUGCUCGGUCGCGGACUAAAGUGUCACAGAUCCUCGCAAGGUGUGAGCAGUACCAGUGCUUCGAUAGCUUCAUCGUCCCGCCGUACCCCGGGAAUCCUUGGAUCACGGACGACCCCACGCUAUGGGCCCUCGAGAGCAGCACGGCAGAGGUGCCCACAGAAAGGCGCCUGCAGCGGUGGAACCUGUCUCUGGAGGAGCUCCUAGCAGACCCCAUGGGAGCGCACGAGUUUGAACAGUAUCUGCGCACCGAGUACAGCCACGAAAACAUACUCUUCUGGAAGGCCGUCCAGGACCUGCGACACGGCUCGCAGCAGGACAUGCCCCGCAAAGUGGCCGCAAUCUACGAAGAGUUCCUGUGCCGGGGUUCUCCGUGUGAGGUGAACCUGGACAGCGAGACACUGGAGCGCACGCAGCAGGAGGUGCACGAGCGGCCCACGCGGUUCAGCCUGGACGCCGCGCAGCACCACGUCUUCGCCCUGAUGAAGAAGGACACGUACACGCGUUUCACGCGCUCCGAACACUUCCGCCGACUCAUGGCAAAGGCGCAGGCGCUGCAACAAGCACAGGGGCAGCGAAAAAGAUUCUUCCACUUUGGUUCGAGCACCAAGAAAAAGACGUCCGUGUGCGGACCACUGGUUGGCACGCUACCAACGAACUUCCCCGGCGGCACGAGUCUGACGGGCAACUCACUGGUCAACGUCGGCGCUUCCACGAGCUCUACGGGGGUCACUGGCAUGCCGGGUGGUGUGGCAAGCUCCAUGAUGAUCUCCGGCAUCACGACAUCGGCGACGUCACCGACUGCCACGAGAUCCUCAGGCCGCCCCCUGUCCGGCAGCACGGUGGACCUGCGCAACGCCUCCGAGCGGCGUGACGAGGUUGUGGGUGCCGUCGGGGGCGCGGCGGGCGGCUUCAGCGGUCGCCACUCGCACUCGACCAGUGACUUGCACAAGCUGGAGGCCCCCUCGUCUUGUUCGCCGCACGGACACGUCGUGGCCAGGUUUUCGUGGGGUUCCCGAGAACCGAUGGAGGAGGACGCAAAUUCGAGCACCCUCAAGGUUCCACGUUGGAGCCACCGUGCCAGUGACCCAGAGGCUCUCCUGCCCCAGCUGGGCCUGCAGAUGGACAGCUGGGAUCGGUCUUCCCUCCGCAUGAACGACGUUCAGGAAACGACGAAGAAUUCGGCGGCUCAGCAGCAGUCACCUCCACCGCCCACGACGCCGAAAACGACGGCGACCCUGCCGUGAAAGAACGUACUCCAGCGAGAACCCGCAAAGGGGGCGAGAACCCGAAAGCAUGAAUACGAAACGACUGGAACUAUCUUGGCGACAGCGUCGCUGUUCUUGACGAGCAGCCAGGGACGCAUCUUCCGGUCAUCGAGACUGUUGUUUCCCAUUCUUCGCUGCCACCGCUGUGUGCCGUAACGUAUUCGCUGUGACUAGGGACGUCACUCGAGACGUUUUCGUUUUGACGACGCUGGCCCUGCGUUUCGACGCCGUUGACGAUGACGAUGUCGAGGAAGAUGGUGUGCAGGCGACGUGUCCUUCUUAAGUGUGACAGAAAGUUAUAGUGGUGUUUUCGAUUUUUUAAUCUUUUCUUAUAUUUCAUUCCUGUAUGUUGCUUUAUAGGGUGCUUCAAUGUGGCUCUUCUUUGCGCUGACGGGUUAAUUCAAAGCGCUCAUAGAUUUGUCCGCCUAAAGAAAGAGAUAAGAUAUAGAUCGUUAAAGGUCGACUAGGUUGAGUGAAGAAAAUAAUUUAUGUAAGUUAUAGAUUAUAUACAGAUUUAGAGAGUUUACUGAUAGGUGGACCUUGUUGCCUGGUCUGUGUCAGUAUGCUCGGUUGUUGAAAGUAACCAUAAAAAUCGUACGUAAUAGAAUAAGCGAAAACAACUUGAAAGAAAAUUUUCAUUGCUAUUCUAGUGCCGUACAGGGGUAGCUAGAAGCAGUUGAGGUGUUUUUGCCCGACGAAAAUUGAAAGCCUCUAAGUAGAGAAGGAAUUCUUUGUCGAUCGGAAAAGAAAUCAUUCAUCAGCACAUGAACAUUGCUGAGGUUAAAAUUACGCCGAGGAACACUCUACGUCUAAAUGAAGAUUGCGGCGGAAUGAAGGCAAAACGUUGCUUGCUGGCCUGAUAUGAACAAUUAGCGUCGAAAACGUGAAUAACUCGUUUGUGAGAUGAAGGGCUUGAAGAUAUCGUACGAGUAAUGCUAACGCGAAAGGCAGCAAGAAAAGAAACACACUGCGACCUGAUGAGAAUUCAAAGUUGUAGUAGAAGCGGAGCUUUGUUGUGAUUUUGCGCUGAGCGCUUUCGAUGUAUACAGUUGUCUUUCGCUCCAUCGAUGGCAGAUUUAGCAAGAACUGUCGCAUGGGCAGAGGUUAUAUAUCCUUUUCUUUUCUGUGAAAGAAUGACAGCGCAUCGCCAACUGUCCUUCGAUGUUACCAUUCCUAUUCGAUGUGGUGUUCCGAGCCCA